AUGUCCCAGCAACCCAGUCCUCCCCGCGACGGCUCACCCUCCGUCAACACCCCACCAACACCCCCCGUCAACACCCCACCAACACCCACCGACGACAACCGCCUCCCCCCCCUCUGGCACCCCACGUCGCCCCCACCACCACCACCCGCCUCCGCCCCCAGCUCCCCCACCUACCCCCGCGCCCUCUACGACUUCAUAACCACGACCCACGCCCGCACCGGCGGCGCGCUCGGCUCCCUCCUCGACGUCGGGUGCGGCGGCGCGGGCGAAGUGCUGGAGGCGCUGGCGCCGCGCUUCGAGCAGGCGCUCGGCGUCGGCAAAGGGUUCGAGUACGACGCGGCGGGCACGCGGCUGGCGGACGCGGAGGUGCGGACGCGGACGGGGCGCGCGGUGCGGCGGAAGUGCGGGUUGCCGGACAGGCUGGUCGCGGACGCCGGCGACGGCGUCGGGGAGUGGGAUUUGGUCGUCGUGGCGGACCUGGUGCAUCGUUUGUAUAUGAGGAGGUUCUGGCGGCAAGCCAGGCGGCUGCUCAAGCCAGGCGGCAGCGUUGCCAUCUUCGCCAAAUGCAGAUACGUCUUCCACCCUUCCAUGCCCGAAGCCGAGAGAUUGCAAAAUAUCUACGACGAGUUUUUGGAUCACACAGUGAGCUAUUGGGAGCCGUUCAACUACAAAGCCACCCGCGAAUUUUACCGAGACUUCACCCUUCCGUGGAGUCGCGGUGUCGGUGCUUCGCAGUAUUUCCCGGAAGAGCUGUUCGAGCGGCAUACGUGGAACGUCAAAGGCGCGCUGGAUGGAGAGGGUGGCGAGGACUUCUUCGGUGGCAGCCAGACGCUCACAUACCGUCAGCUUGAAGAACUUGUCGAAAAUACAGACCCAGUGCGGCGGAUGAGGAAGGCCAGGGCUGACCUGGAGGGAACGCCGCGCGACCCUGUUAAGAAUCUGAUCUUCGCCUUAAAGGCAGUUACUGGGGCUGGGGCGGAGCUUAGGGUGGGUGCGGGAUAUUGUUUACUAUUCUUCAAGCGGAAAUGA